GCCUUUCUUCUCCUUCUGUUUCAGAUAUCUGGACGAAACCAGGACACUCCCUCCUCCAGAAUUGCGAUCUAGUUCCGGGGCUUGUCACUGAUAUAGGAAGAUGGAGCUAAAUUCCAUCAAAGAUGCAUUUGAGCGUGUUGUUAAGAAGCAAAAGCUAUCUUCUUCUAGAUCCCAAGAAGUAAUUCACCAAAUUGGUCAUGAAAUUGAACAAGCACUGACACAGAUCCUUUCAGCUCAGGAUCCUUCUGUUCCUGUUGAUAAAAAUUCCAUCCUUACGGAGCUUAGACUCAAGCUCAGUGCAGUUGGUCCAGUCCAGAAGUUAGAAGGGUCGCAUAAGGAACUGAACUUAAACCUCAGCAAGUACACUAAACUCCUUGAGAGGUCCUUGAAUCCAGACAUAUCAAAGGCAUACAGAGAUGUUGACUUUGACUACCACAUUGUGAAUCAGCUCAUUGCUAAUCAUUUGUACCGUCAAGGCUUGUUUGAUCUGGGAGAUGGCUUAGUAGAUGAGGCUGGAGAACCAGAAAUAACCAUUGUGAAAUCUCAGUUCUCAGUAAUGCAUCAGUUACUUGAGGCUAUGAAGGUUAAGAAUCUGGAGCCUGCUCUAAGCUGGAUCCGUGCUAACCGUGAACAACUGAAUCAUAAUGGUUUAAAUCUUGAGCUUAAACUCCACAAAUUGCAGUUUCUGGAGAUUUUAAGAACAUCUCCUGCCAACCGUCGAGCUGCAGUUACAUAUGCCCAGACUCACCUUGGUCCUUUUGCUUCUGCUGCCUCCCCUCACAAGGAUGAGGUAAUGAAGCUCAUGGGUUGCCUUAUGUAUGCUGGAAGGCUUGACGUCUCCCCUUAUUCUGAGUUUUCAUCUCCAACCCAUUGGGCGAAGGCGAUGGAGGAUCUUACAGGGCAGUUCUGCAGUCUCUUGGGACAGUCCUACAACAGCCCAUUGAGUAUGACAAUGGCUGCGGGAUUUGAAGGGUUGCCCACGCUCUUAAAGCUGGCAAAUGUAAUGGCUGCGAAGAAGCAGGAGUGGCAAGCAAUGAAACAGUUGCCAGUGCCCGUUGAGUUGGGGAAAGAGUUUCAGUUCCAUUCUAUAUUUGUCUGUCCUGUGAGUAGAGACCAAGGCAGUGACGAGAAUCCACCAAUGUUGAUGCCAUGCUUGCACGUUCUCUGCAAGCAGUCGAUCAUGAAGCUGUCGAAGAGCAGCACCCGGACAUUUAAAUGCCCAUAUUGUCCCGCAGAGGCAUCAGUUGCUCAGUGCAGACAGCUACACUUCUGAUGGUCAUCUUUAUCAUUGCAUCGAUGUGUUAUUAUUAACUCUGUAUAUAAACAUUCCUUCCAGAUCCGUUGUUUGAUUGUUCUAAGUACAAGAGUAAUUUGCGUAGAGUUUGAAUAAACAUGUUAUAAUCUCAUCAAAGGCUUUGGCACAUUAAUGUCAUGUAAAUUGAAGUUUAUUUGCUGAAUUUUUACAAUUUC